AUGAUCGUUCGUGAGCUUCGGGAGCUUGGCGAGGAUCUCACUCGACUUCACAUCGCCGCCGAGGAGCAUAUGGGCGCUAUCAGAGAGGAUAUUUCCCACUACAUUGACUCCGAGAUGGCCCGUGUCAGACUGAAGCUGUGUCUCUCUGACGAGGUCUGCUCAGUGGUUCGAGCCAAGUUGGCUCAGAAUACGAAUCGCACAUAUCUGUGGGUCAGUUUGGUCUUCCGGGAGAUUGAAAGGUCCAGAGGCAAAACCGUCAAAAAGAUCUUGAAGAUGAUCGAUGAUCUACCCAAUACAGUCGAGGGGAUCUACGAGACCAUAUUAGAGGACGUAGAGGACCGAGAAGAAACAGAGAAUCUUUUCAUGAUUAUUCAAGCUGCCAAGAGGCCAUUGAGUCUAAGUGAGAUAGACGUGGCAAUGGAGCUUACCGGGGAGUUGACCCGGUAUGAAGACUUGGACCUAGAAGGGGAUGAAGGUCGAAUGGAGUACAUUCGCCAAGCAAGCUGUCUUCUAGUUCUAGUUGACGAGAACAAGCUUUACUUCAUACACGAGACCGUAUCUGAUUUUCUUUCUACAGCGCCAGGCCCUGCAAAAGUCAAACUAGGCUCUGAGUUGGGCUCCAGGCCCUGGAAAUCCACCAUAUCACGCAAAGACUCCCAUGCAACCCUUGCUAAGCUCUGUCUGGCAUUCCUGCAGCUUGAGGACUUCACGAAAGCUGGACUUCGCCUUCAGCUUUUGUAUAAAUAUAAGGAUACAGGGCAUCCGAAGACAACGGAUUUUCCAUGGACUAUUAAAUCCUAUCAUCUAGGCUCAAUGGAGAGCUUGGUCAAGAGGCUGGUCAAUGGGGAAAUGCUUCCAGAUGGUACUAUCAGUGUAGACUUGACCAAAUCAGUCAGCGUUCAUCCAAACCAUCCAUUUGGGGAACACUUGAAAGAGAUCAAGGCGCGCUUCUCUUUCCUGGAAUACGCUGCAACCUAUUGGCACAUACAUGUAGUUGAGGCGGAUAUGGAGCCUGAUGACUUCAUGUUGAGUCUAUUUGACAUCGACAGUCCUCAAUAUGCGACCUGGCUCCCGAUUUAUUGGCAGACGGCGCCACGCUACGAGAGAGCGCAUCUGUCCGCUUCGAUUCUCGCACUUUGCUUCGGUCAUCGGCGCGCACUGAGCCGGUUAAUAGCCAACGGCUUAGCUGUCGACGAGCGGGAUCCCUUCGGUCAAACGGCACUACACUGGGCGGCCAAGAGAGCGUCAAGAGAGGACCUUGAGUUUCUGAUAAGCCAAAAAGCCGUCGUUGAUGCCGCUGACAGCUUCGGGAGGACCCCGCUUAUGGAAGCUGUCAUUGCUCAGAAGCAGGCACACGUGGCCAUACUUCUUGAUCAUGAUGCCGAUCCAAAUCUGCAGGAUCAUAUGGGCCUUCGACCAAUCCACAUGGCCCAAAAUAGUGUUGAAAUAGCAGCAAACCUACUCGACAAAGGGGCCGAGAUCGAACCAAUGGAUAGAGUUGGAAGAUGCCCAAUAGACUUCGCAGCCGAGGGCAGCCAUAUCAAUGUUCUGAAACUUCUCAUAGACCGGGGUGCCUUGCCUCAGCCUUGGACUGUCUUCAAAGCAGAGGAAUGGCAGAACAAAGAGAUUAAAAGCAUUUUACGCGGUCGAAUGAGAGAAUUAAGCGUCGCAGCCGAGAGAAAUGCACCCCCGACCGUACAGAUGCUGAAAUCGAUCAAGUCGAAUGACACGGGAAAACUUCAAGCAGUAUUGGAUCGACAUGCCGAUGUGUUGGCCGCUACUGACAGCGAGGGCAACAAUGCUCUCCACGUCGCAGCUACUAAAUGCAGUGUCGAAGUCGCCUGUCUACUUGUUCAACGUGGCAUAGAUCCAAACGCAGUGAAUAAGGCAGGAGUCAAUGCCCAAUUCUUUGCACAGGUUGCAGAUAAUCAACCCAUGAUCGCAUAUCUACGGGAAGUCGGCGUGCAAGGAUUUUGUAACGCCAAAUCAAAUGAAGAGGACGUCAUCUCUGAACUGCGCGCUCAUACGCAGAUUUUGAAAAUACCACCCCUAGUAGCCGCGAUACGUCUUGGGGCAGCUGAUAUUGUGCUGCGUCUGCUUGAAGAAGGCGAAAAUGUGAAUCAAACUUGGGGGCCGCUUCAAAAAACGCCAAUCUUUGCUGCUAUUGAGCGGGACCAGAAGCUUAUCAUAGACGUUCUGCUGGGAUUUGGUGCCGACCUCGACUCUCGGAAUUUCCUCCAGCAAAACUUGCUUCAUCGCUGCAUCCUUACCACCGGAAGUCCAUCGCUUGCUGACUUUCUUGUUCAACGCAAUGUAAGCAUCAAUCACUUCGACUACCACGGAAUGCAUCCGUUGGAUUACGCCCGGAAGCUUGGGCUGGAAGAAGUGCAGCAGGUCAUACAGCAUAGGCGAGAUGACGAGUUGAGAAGCGUAAGCUUGCAAGAACUAGACGUGCUUGAUGUUUCCCAUUUCAUCACUGCAGCCACCAGCCUCCUUCAGGCACAAAGACGAGGCAUGGAUGUUUGUAAGUUCUCUAAUCGUCUCUUACGCCGUCGUCCUCAACCAGGUGUACCCGAAGAACUGGUAUUUUGGGAGGACCCAGCACCAAACCCUGAUGAGCAGAUGACCGACCCUGUCACUUCUUCGCCCGGAAACGUGUCUCGGAUUCCAUACAGAUCAUCUCAAGGAGAUUCCUUGGAAGAGCACGCGGACCCAGAACAAGACGAGCCGGUCUCAGUUAACAAAGACACUAUUCCUCGAUGGUUUGAACCUCAGCUGCAGGCAGCGGCUGUCAUUUUCUACAACCUACUGUCCGACAAAGCAGAGCUAAGCAAGGACCAAGUGGUGAGGGACAUGAAUCGAGGAUCGCCUACGGUUGGUGAUUUGCUUUCAAUUCUCGAGGUAUGGAAGUUGCUUGCAGACGAGGUGCCAGAUAUGGUGGACCCGUAUCAACGACCAGAGAAACUAGGUCUCAAUGACGGCGAGGACCACUGGCCAACUCUUGAUCGCUUGCUUAACUUCUUUUGCAAUCGAGUUACGGAUCAUGGAGAUGAUGACAUUGCCAACAACGACAAUAGAGACAACAGCGAUGCUGAGAAGAUAAGAGCAGUUGACAAUAUGGAGCAAAAGAAUUUGAGGCAAAUUGUAACAGAAUUGAACUCUAGGCGAAAAGAUCCAAUGAUGCUGUACUUGAGGUACCUGGAGGGACGAGACUCGGAUGACGAGGAAAUGUACUUAACCGAUGAGGAGAUGCAGGAAAAGAUCCUGGAUGAGGCGGCAGCACGGAGGACACAGAAACCUUGGAACCGGUAUACGUACCUGUUCGUUCAUGAAAGAAUACGCAAAGGGGUUCGCGCCUAUGUGCAUGACUACAAUGCGCUAACCCCAUGA